UACUAUUAUCACCCUAUUCUCAAUUUCUCUGUUACGCGACACGGAGUUAAUUUCGAAGUGUUUUGUGCGAGUUGUGUUUCCGUGGAGUCUCGAAGCUCUUGGAAGGCGUCGUAUUUCUGAAACAUAACUUGUGAUACUGCUAACAAGAAAGAACCAAAAAUAGUUAGGAAGCAAAAGCAAUGUCACUAACAAAUCUUAGUGAUAAAGAAGAGGAACAAGUUUCUCGUCCUGACACUCCAGUGAGUAGUGCGAGUGAUGACUCAUUCCAUUCAGCAGACAAUGAUGACAGUAGCCCUGCACAAGAUGAAGAGAAAAGUCAAGUCUCUACCAGAGAAUGUUCUGAUGGAGGAAGCGAAUCUUCAGAAGAGUUGUGUCCAGAUGUUCCCAUGAUAGAGCCAGAUUGUCAAGAAAAGAGCAAGAGUGAUGCGAGCUUUACACCUGACACAAAAUCAGGG